CCCACAGACAUCUUUCUAUGUUAUAACACACAGAGCAGAGGACGUACUGGUCGUUGGCGGAGGCACAGCAGCCCAUCAUGCGCGCCGUCUUCUGAAAACGCUCAGCGGCGCGAGGGAUGGCUUAGUCGCGUGCGGAGCGCCGAUGCUGCACGAUGAGUGUAGCGCUGCAAGAUUUACGAAAUAACAUGUCUAACUACAAGCGUGCAACGUUUGAGGAGGAGGACGGGACCGAUGUCCCUGUUGAUGGAACCAUUUCUCCUGACAGUGUUGAGGUGGGUUUCCGUAAGGGUGGUAUUCAGUUGUUUGGUCCACUGGGCCGGAGGACUCAGCUUGAGGUAGUGUUGGCCGGUCUGCUUCUUGCUUCACUUCUAGCACUGUUCGGCUGUGCGGUCACACUGGGAGUCCGUUAUAACAGAGAUCCAGCCCGUAGUAUCUGUCUAACCGAGGCCUGUGUCACUGUGGCCAGCAAGAUUGUUGAAGCUUUGGACCGCUCUGCCGACCCAUGUCAGGAUUUUUACCAAUACGCCUGUGGAGGAUGGGUCCGCAAAAACCCCCUGCCAGAUGGCCGGUCCCGCUGGAGCACAUUUAACAGCAUCUGGGACCAGAACCAGGCUGUGCUCAAACACCUGCUGGAAAAUGGCACUUUUAACUCCAGCAGUGAAGCAGAGAGGAAGACACAGUCAUACUACCUUUCCUGUCUUAAUGAACAGCGAAUAGAAGACCUCGGAGCCCAUCCACUCAUGGAUUUAAUUACAAAGAUCGGAGGCUGGAACAUCACAGAGUCCUGGGACAAAGAGAAUUUUCUUGAUGUUUUAAAGAUCAUUUCUGGACCGUACAGAGCUCAGCCCUUCUUCACCGUCAGCGUCAGCGUAGACCCCAAAAACUCCAACAGCAACGUCAUUCAGGUCGACCAAUCAGGACUCUUCCUCCCGUCCCGAGAUUAUUACCUCAAUAAGACUAACGAGAAGGUUUUGAAAGCUUAUCUGGAUUACAUGGUGGAGCUGGGUUUGUUGUUGGGAGGAGACAAGAAUUCCACUCGGGGUCAGAUGCAGCAGAUUUUGGACUUUGAGACGGCGCUGGCGAACAUUACCGUGCCUCAGGACGAACGGCGAGACGAGGAGAAGAUCUACCACAAGAUAACCAUAGCUGACCUCCAGGUCUUGGCUCCGGCUAUUGAAUGGUUGGAUUAUCUGAACUCCGUUCUUUCACCACUGGAGCUGAACGACACCGAGCCGGUGGUGGUGUAUGCUAAAGAAUACAUGCAACAAGUUUCAGAGCUCAUCAACAAGACCGACCACAGUCUUCUGAAUAAUUACAUGAUCUGGAAUCUGGUGCAGAAAGGAGCGUCCAGUCUUGAUCAGCGCUUUGAAAAUGCUCAGGAUAAACUGCUGGAGAGCCUCUAUGGCACUAAAAAGUCAUGUACUCCGCGCUGGCAGACGUGCAUUGGAAACACAGACGACACCCUCGGUUUUGCACUGGGAGCUCUUUUCGUCAAAGCCACCUUCGACAAACAGAGCAAAGAAAUAGCAGAGGGGAUGAUCAAUGAAAUCCGCACGGCUUUCAAAGACGCGCUGGAUGAUUUGAACUGGAUGGAUGAACAGACCCGACAAGCUGCCAAGGACAAGGCGGAUGCCAUCUAUGACAUGAUCGGAUUUCCAGACUUCAUUCUGGACUCUAAAGAGCUGGAUGAUGUGUAUGAUGGGUAUGAGGUUACAGAGGACAACUUCUUCCAGAACAUGAUCAACUUCUAUAACUUCUCAGCACGAGUGAUGGCAGAUCAGCUCCGCAAGCCGCCAAACAGAGACCAAUGGAGUAUGACUCCACCGACAGUGAACGCUUACUACAUGCCAACCAAGAACGGCAUCGUCUUCCCUGCUGGCAUCUUACAGGCCCCGUUCUACGCCCAGGAUCACCCCAAAGCUUUAAACUUUGGUGGGAUUGGAGUGGUCAUGGGACAUGAGCUAACACAUGCGUUUGAUGACCAAGGCCGAGAGUACGACAAAGAUGGAAACCUGCGCUCGUGGUGGCAGAACUCCUCAGUGGAGGCCUUCAAGAACCGCACCGAGUGUAUGAUCGAUCAAUACACACAGUACACCAUCAACGGAGAGCACAUUAAUGGAAAACAGACGCUGGGAGAAAACAUCGCAGACAAUGGCGGCUUGAAAGCUGCCUAUCAUGCGUACAGGUCCUGGGUGCAGAAGAACGGGGAAGAAAAGAGACUCCCAGCUGUAAAUCUGACAAACGAUCAGCUCUUCUUUGUGGGUUUCGCACAGGUGUGGUGCUCUGUCCGGACUCCAGAAAGCGCUCACGAGGGCCUGAUGACGGACCCUCACAGUCCGCCCAAAUAUCGCGUGAUCGGCACCCUGUCCAACUCACCCGACUUCGCCGAGCACUUCCAGUGUCCGCUGGGCUCCUCCAUGAACUCAGGCCACCGCUGCGAGGUUUGGUAGGAUUAAUCCCAAAAAAACCACAGUGGGUCACUUGCACAGACCAGCCUGGCCAAAACAAAACAAAUCAAAACACAGAACGGACCGUCCGUUGUGGCUCUCUCUCAAGCACUGUUUUUUUUAUUUAUGUGCUUCAAAAAGUGAAUUGAGGAGGAAGCAGCGAGCUUGAUGUUCUCCAGUAUCGAAUUUCCCUUUCUGUCGCUUUAUUUAUUUGUUCGCUGAACUUCGAGGCCUGUUUCUGUGCUCAUACUCCUAUAAUUUACAGCCAGAGUCUUCAGAUUGAGCACUGUGACCUCACAGGAAACACUCGGCGACUUCACAGGAAGCUUCACGAUGACCUCACAGGAAGGAAGAAGCUUUCCAGGAUAAAAGCCUUUUUUGUUUCCCCCCUGAAGGCAAUUUUUUUGGUUGAAAUGCUGUUAAAUGACAGGAAGAGCCACCGUUUGAUCAUCACACACUUCCUGUGUUAUGGUUCGAUCUCGACAAAGUUGAAAAUGAAAGUGUUCAUUUUAAACUGCUGGGUUUUUUCUUUUUGCCAAAGAAUGUUUCGUUUGGAGUCCGCAACUGCUUCGCCCUUCAGUAAUUCAUUCCUGUGUGUGUUUUGCUAAAGACAUUUGCUUGUGUGUGUGUGUGUGUGUGUGUGUGUGUGUGUGUGUGUGAACGCUGUGUUUCUGUGUCUGUAAAAGGGACGUCUUCACAUUGUGCUGAACUUCGUCGAGUCUGCUGAAACGCUGAUUAGCAUGAUGCUAGUCAUGUUUUGUUAAAAAAAAAAAACACUCAAAAGAGCGACUCUCAGCAGUUUUUCCAUCACAUCUCACACCCAAAUGAGUAGAUUAUUAUGAUUUUAGCACCAUGAUAGCUUCUCCAUGAAUUAUUAAGACAGUUUAGUACAUUAUUUCAGCCAAUCCAUAACUUUUUAUUUGGUAGCUAUAUAAAUUAUAGCAAACAUAAACAGAAUGUAAUGUAAUAAAUCUUAAAUUGUGUAUUACAUACAUUACUGUUUAAAAGAUUGGGGUCAGUAUUUAAAAAUAUAUUGACUUUAUUGUUUAAUUAUUAGGCAAAAUUCAUUACAAGUCAUAAAAAGUUUCUGAAAGUAUAUAUAUAUAUACUUCCUGACAAAAGUCUUGUCGUCGAUUCCAGUUGUAAGAGCAUGAUGAAUCAUCUGUUGAACUGCAUCCCAAUCAUCACAAAUACUGCAAAAGAUCUACUAGAACAUGCAUGGAAUAGAAAUCAGGCAAGUUUGGUGAAGAAAAAAUCAUGGUUUGGGGUAAAAUUCAGUAUGGGGUCGUUACAUUACAAACCACAGGAGAGGGCAGAUUCAGCCUCCACAUCAAAGUUCCUGAAAGCAAAGAAGGUCAAGGUGCUCCAGGAUUGGCCAGCCCAGUCACCUGAGAUGAACAUUAUUGAGCAUGUCUGGGGUAAGAUGGAAGAGGAGGCGUUGAAGAUGAAUCCAAAGAAUCUUGAUGAACUCUGGGAGUCCUGCAAGAAGGCUUUCUUUGCCAUUCCAGAUGACUUUAUUAAUCAGUGAUUUGAGUCAUUGCAGAGAUGUAUGGAUGCAGUCCUCCAAGCUCAUGAUGGAGUCAGACACAAUAUUCAUUCUGUUUCCACUGCAGCAUGAGCACAUAUUCUAUACUGGACAUUAUUUCUGUUCAGUGACAAGAAUUUUGUCUGAGCAAAGUCAGACCUUAUUGUCCUAAUUAAAUCAUUCAAAAUCAGGGCAUGAUCAUAUUUUAUUAUGGUAAAUAAGCCUAAUCUAGAGGCCUUUGCCUUUCAUAAAGCCACUUCUGAUACCAAAUGAUCAACUAGAAGUCAAGUUAUUAUUGGUUGUUCCUAAAACUUGGAUAGGCAAUACGACUUUUGUCAGGUAGUGUGUGUUUUCCAUACAUUAUCUUGAAAUAUGAGAUAUUCCUGAUGUGUUUUUAGAGAUUCACUCCAAAGCUUGUUUCCGUCAUCAUCUGUUAAGCGUCCCAGCAUGCCUAGAAGUGUUUCAGGGAGUUGCGUCAUUGUCUGCAAAAAGCGAUUCAAUUACUCAGCUUGUGUGAAUCCCAUCUCCAGCAUUUCAGCUGCUGUAAAUCCAGCCCGCGACUACAUUAUAGUCUGAACGUCUCUCCUGUGCGCUGUUGUGGAGUGUCCAUUGGCCAGUUUUGCUUUGGAGUCUGGUUUCUUCUUUCCUGAAGCAGACCAGGUUUGAUUUUUUCAAAUUGUUCGAUGUUCUCUGAAUGCUGCUGACUUCUCUUGUUGUUGUUUUUUUAUUUGUAUAAAUUUUUUCAAUCCACA